AUGUCCUCUUUCGGUACUAUCUUUAGAGUCACCACCUAUGGUGAAUCCCAUUGCCAAUCCGUCGGUUGUAUAGUGGAUGGUGUUCCACCUGGUAUGACCUUGUCAGAAAAAGAUAUCCAACCACAAUUAUCAAGAAGAAGACCGGGUCAAUCCAAACUGUCCACUCCAAGAAACGAAAAGGAUAAAGUCCAUAUUCAAUCAGGCAUAGAAAAUGAAAAAACUUUAGGCACCCCAAUCGCCAUGUUGAUCAAAAACGAGGACCAAAGACCAAACGACUAUUCAGAGAUGAAACUAUACCCAAGACCAUCGCAUGCAGACUUCACUUACUCCGAAAAGUACGGCAUCAGAUCAUCCUCUGGUGGUGGUAGAGCUUCCGCUCGUGAAACCAUUGGGAGAGUCGCUGCAGGUGCCAUCGCAGAAAAGUUCUUGAAACAGGUCGACCCAAAGAUCGAAAUCGUGGCUUUCACAUCCCAGAUUGGUGAGGUCAAAAUGAACAGAGACCCCUUCAACCCUGAUUUCCAAAACCUUCUAAACACAAUCACCAGAGAUAAAGUCGACUCCAUCGGCUUCAUCAGAUGCCCAGACCUGAAUAUCGCAGGUGACAUGGUCAAGGAAAUAGAAAAAUACAGAGGCCAACAAGAUUCCAUCGGUGGUGUGGUUACCUGUGUGGUAAGAAAUAUACCUACCGGGUUAGGGGAGCCAUGUUUCGACAAACUGGAAGCUUUGUUAGCUCACGCCAUGCUGUCUAUCCCUGCUUCUAAAGGUUUUGAAAUAGGUUCUGGUUUCGUCGGUGUUUCUGUGCCAGGUUCAAAACAUAACGAUUUAUUCUACUACGACGAGGAGAAGAAAAGAUUGAGGACUAAAACUAAUAACUCUGGUGGGAUCCAAGGUGGGAUAUCUAAUGGGGAAAACAUUUAUUUCUCUGUUGCUUUCAAGUCCACUGCAACCAUCUCUCAAGAACAACAUACCGCCACCUAUGAUGGUAAAGAUGGUAUCUUGGCUGCUAAGGGUAGACAUGAUCCUGCUGUCACACCAAGAGCUGUUCCAAUCGUCGAAGCUAUGACUGCCUUGGUAUUAGCUGACGCUUUAUUGAUCCAGAAAUCAAGAGAAUAUGGUAGAAGUGUUGUUCAUUAA